CAAGCACCAAGAGCUGCACGCCUAACAGGAGAUACUUCCCCUCACAGGAGCAGCACUGAGACCUUAUAACUCAAGUUCAUUGGACUUUUGGAGGGUUUUUCAAUCCCAUUUCGCGUGUGGGACACUGUUAAGAGGAGUGGAUGCUCGCUUUCCCUGCUGCCAUUUGUUGCAGAGUGUGUUUAAGCAGCUGGUAAGCUCACUUUUCCCUUAAUGUCUACAAAGAUGGAACAGCCUUUCUAUCAUGACGACUCGUUUCUGUCUGCAUACGGACAGUCAGACGCGGCAAUGCACGACUACAAGCUGCUAAAGCAGAAUAUGAAUGUGAACUUGACAGAGCCAUAUCGCAGCCUGAAAUCCCACCUGAGGGCGGAGAUAGACCCGUACCAAGUGGGGGGACACCACCACGACGGGGGGUCCCUGAAGCUCGCAUCCCCGGAGCUGGAGAGGCUCAUCAUCCAGAACAGUAACGGGGUGAUCACAUCCCCGACCCCGGGCCAGUACUUCUACAACAGAGGCAUCACUGAUGAGCAGGAGGGCUUCGCGGAGGGAUUUGUGAAAGCCUUGGAUGAGCUGCAUAAAAUGAACCAAAUGCCUCCUCCAAAUGUGUCCAUCGGAGCCGGUGGAGUCACAACAUGCUCCCCGGCGGUCUCUAGUGUUUUUGGGUCGACCUUACAGCCGGAGCCUCCUAUCUACACCACCCUGAAUGCAUACUGCCCAAACACAAGCCUCUCGACAUCCGCGCCAAGCUACCCAACAGCCACCAUCAGCUAUCUGCCUCCUCACCAGCAGAACCAGGCUUUCCAGCAGCACCAAUCCCUCCAUCAUCCGCCGAGGCUGGUGGCUCUAAAAGAGGAGCCUCAGAUUGUUCCAGAUCUCCUCAGCAGCGACGGUUCGCCUCCAAUGUCCCCCAUCGAUUUGGAGACGCAGGAGCGCAUCAAGGCUGAGCGCAAGAGGCUGCGUAACCGGCUGGCUGCAACCAAGUGUCGGCGGCGAAAGCUGGAGCGAAUCAGUCGGCUCGAGGAUAAGGUGAAGGGGCUGAAAAACGACAACCAGGGGCUCUCCAACACAGCCUCGGUGCUCCGGGACCAGGUGGCACAGCUCAAACAGAAAGUCCUGACGCAUGUGAGCAGUGGAUGCCAGCUGAUGCUCACAAGCAAAUUGGAGGCGUUUUAAAACAGAACAAAUACGACUUUGAGACGUUUCAAAACACAUAAAAGACUUAACAAUGACUGAGAAGUGAUAACACUGGAGAUGCCCAGCGCUGGCAUCAUCACAGGCUCUUUGUGGUGAAAAAAGACUGAUUGAAAUGGUACUUCCGGAUGCUGGACAUCGCUUAAAGCACCUUUCUGCAUCCAGACUGAGCACUGCGGGUUUACUAAUGGUAGAAAAAUGGGAAUCGUUAUUGUAUUUUUUAUUUGUAUCUUUUUAUUGUCAUGCUGCAAUGCUGCGUUUAUUCAUUGUGUAAAUUAUUUUAGUUUGUCCGGUUGAUCCAGACAAACUGAUGAUGUCCAAUGUUUACACUGUCCAUUUUUUAUUUGUGAUGUGUAUUUAAGUAAAGUGUCUUAAAAAUGAA